ACCAUUGCGAGCAUUUCAGUGCACAAAACCGUUUCCGUGCACGUCCUACUUGUAAAGCUCUACGGCAGGGCGAUUUUGCGCGUUCCCGUGACUCCUCGCCAUAGAAAACAAAGCUGAACGUCUUCCAUAACAGCUAGGGGUGCAGACUUGAGGAAUAUCAGAAUUGAUCCUGGAUACAUCGUGCUGAAUAUGGAUUUACAGUGGGUGUAGCAUCGUUGGAGACCGAGCCUUCUUGGCUGGGGUGACGGCAGGACAUUAGCGAGACUGACAAAAAUAACAUCAGUGUUUUUUUUUCUCGGGGUGCUUUGUCUUGUCCACCUAACGAUAGCAAACCAUCAUUCCUAUUUCAAUUGCAAGAUAUUCAGCUAGUGACUACUAGCUGUCGCCGGGAUGUAUCAUCAUGUUGUCACCCAAAAGUAACUGCUAAGACGUUGGAUUGUGAAGGAUAAGCAGAAAACCUCUCCGAGGUCCCAUCGGGUUGUCACUGGGACCUGAAUCUGUGUUAGCCACAGUCGCGGAGCCCACUGUUUUCGGCGAUAUGGCGGAGCAAGGCUACUCAUCUUGGGCGUACUCCCUAGUUGACUCCAGCCAGGUGUCCACCUUCCUCAUCUCCAUCCUCCUCAUCGUUUAUGGCAGCUUCAGGUCAUUAAACAUGGAUUGUGAAAACCAGGAGAAGGAUAAAGACGGGAACCCCACGGGUUUUAACAGCAACACAAACAACAGUGAGUGUUACAUACAAGGUAUUCAGACUAUAGACUCCACACAGGCCCUGUUCCUGCCCAUAGGAGCCUCAGUGUCUCUGCUAGUCAUGUUCUUCUUCUUUGACUCAGUACAGGUGGUCUUUACCAUCUGCACUGCAGUUCUUGCAACAAUUGCAUUUGCGUUCCUCUUGUUGCCAAUGUGCCAGUAUCUGACCAGACCCUGCUCUCCACAGAACAAGAUUUCCUUUGGCUGCUGUGGGCGUUUCACUCUGGCUGAGCUCCUGUCCUUCUCCCUCUCUGUUCUCUUGGUGCUCAUCUGGGUGCUGACUGGACACUGGCUUCUCAUGGACGCUUUAGCCAUGGGCUUGUGUGUCGCCAUGAUAGCCUUCGUGCGGCUUCCCAGUCUGAAGGUGUCUUGCCUGCUGCUGUCAGGACUGCUCAUUUAUGACGUGUUCUGGGUGUUCUUCUCAGCCUACAUCUUCAAUAGUAAUGUGAUGGUCAAAGUUGCCACCCAACCUGCUGAAAAUCCCAUAGAUGUUCUGUCCAGGAAGCUCCACUUGGGACCAGGGAUGGGGCGCGACGUCCCCCGUCUCUCCUUACCUGGCAAACUGGUCUUUCCCAGCUCCACAGGAAGUCACUUCUCAAUGCUGGGAAUAGGAGACAUUGUGAUGCCGGGGCUGCUGUUAUGCUUCGUCCUGCGCUAUGAUAACUACAAGAAGCAAGCAAAUGGGGAAGUCCCCAUUUCCGGACGCAUGCAGCGCGUCUCCUAUUUCCACUGCACUCUCAUCGGAUACUUUGUGGGUAAGCAAGCAAUCGAUGGACGGAUGGAUGUGAAAGGUCAAGGCCUUUAUUGUUUCAGUGCGGGGUCUGCUGACUGCCACUGUGGCCUCCAGGAUCCAUCGUGCUGCUCAGCCCGCUCUGCUCUACCUGGUGCCCUUCACCCUACUGCCUCUGCUCACUAUGGCCUACCUGAAGGGCGAUUUGCGGCGCAUGUGGUCCGAGCCCUUCCACACCAAGACCAGCAGCUCCCGCUUCCUGGAGGUAUGAUGCACCCUGGGAUAAACGACCAGUGCGGGGAGGACUGCGGAUCCUUUACCUUUUUAUUAGAGGGAAGGAGAGAGGGCACACUCACAGUGAGGCCAUGUUGUCAUCACUUGUUCAUGCUUUCCGCCAAUCUUCUGUGAAAACCCUCAGAAGGACACCAGUGUGUGGAUCACAACGCCCCAACACGACUCAUCUUUGGUCCCUACAUCCAACCCGUUUCAUCUCCGCUUCCUCUUUUCUGUUUAUUUCCUCUCCAUUAUAGCACAUCCUGCCUAUGCUGUGUUUGUUCUGCCCCCCUCCCUCUCUUUUUUUUUUCUUUUUUCUUCUCUCAUUUUGCCACUUCCCUCCCAUGGCUCGUUCCAUUCGUCAGGCCUCUAGUCUCUCUCUCUCUGCGUUUUUCCUUCUUUUCUCUGCGUCUUUAAUUUUCAAUACAUCUGUUUUUCACCGACUCAGAUGAACUCGAGGGCCAGGCCUCCCCCCUUUUUGUGGACUUAGGGUUGUGAGACAUGGCUGGGGUUUAUAUAUAUUUUUUUAGCAUUGUUGUGGUCAUUAUUAUUAUUAUUAAUAUUAUUAUUAUGGAACGAUUAAAACAAACUGAGAAGAGGCGAAGUGUUGCAGUGGCACAGGACGGUGCUCGGGAGCAGCGACACAGUAAAGGAGAAGAGUGUUCCCCUUCCAUCCGUCUCCCUCUUCCCUCCCCCUGCUUUCUUCAUCUGUCCCAUCAUCCCACCCCAAUGGCUUCUUCCCAGCGCUCCCUCUGACACUCCCUGCGAGCCCCACCCUCCUCCUCUCUGAUCAUCUGCUGUCCCCAUUCCCCACCCUCACAGAUAACUAUGUAUUUUAUUUAGAAAAGUUUUAUUCUUGGCAUAUACAGAAAUGCAUUAUAAAUUGUUAAGCUGCCCCCAGCGUUUGAGGGGCCGCUUCUAUUUGUAUAUAUGUGUAUUUGCGGUAUCUUGAGUUUGUAUUUGUGUUCGGGAGCAUGUUGAAUAGGGUGGGAAACUGACGCCAGCCAACAGCCGAAUUUUGGUGAAAUUUUGCUGUUGAGUCGAAUGGUGAGCAUCCAUCAUUUAGAGGUUGUUUUCUAAAGUUUGUUGGCUUGUGUGAUAGAAAUGUAGCUGAUGGAUCUUCGGGAAGAAAAAAAAAAACUAAACAUCUUCAUCGGUGGCUGGUUGACGAAAAAGUUAGUUUCCUACUCGUGUUAAAGUGUGUGUGUGUGUGUGUGCGCGUGUGUGUAUGUAUGUAGUGUGUGUGUGUGUGUGUGUGGGAGAGCGAAACAGAUUUGAGUGAACGGUUGUUUUACUUGAUUUUAAUUUCGAAUCAUGAAAAUGUUAAAAUGACAAUAGUCAGGUUUCCAUUGAGCUGGGCGUGUUGGAUCAAACGGUGUCGUAAACACAUGACUAAUGGAAACAGUUUGUGUCUAACUUGUACAAAUUUACAGAAAUCUCAACAGGGGUCAAUUUUCUUUUUAACAGUCUUUCUGCGGACAGAUGGAAAUGUAAACAGUGUUUGUUUGUUUUUUUUUUCAAAUAAAUGAAUGUUGAAUUAAUUUUAAGGUAUGCUACGUUACUUUGCAUCAUGGAACCACAUCAUACACCGUGCUGGGGUUUCUACUGAAUCUUUCUUGUGCACUUCCCUAAAUUUACACGUAUUUAACGCCAUGGAAACUGAAACACUAAACGCAUCUCAUUUUAGACCUCUAUAAAUGUCUGAGCACGAUGGUAUCGGAUCACUUUGUAUACGUUUUGACAAAAGACGAGUCAGUGGAACAGCACAACAGCACAUUUCAUCUGAACUUCACCUCAGUCGAUGAACACCUGACUAUUGUGAAAGUUUGGACUCAAACCUGGAGAUGAGGGAAGACGUACUGUGGUUAGAUUCAUGUGUAGUUACAGAUGAAGGGUUGGGAUAAAGGUUAAGUGUUUGUGUGUGUCAUCACAUAAUAAAGUGUUUGGAUCUAGGGAGGGGAGAAAAUCAGUUAUGCCCCUCAAAAAAUGGAAGUUAAUGCUAACUCAUAGGAGUUUUUUACUGUCACUCUUUGGUCCCUGACAGUCGUACCGUCUUUUUUAUUGUCCUUCCACUUUAUUGUGGUUGUUUGUCACUUAAUAUCAAAUGUAUACUGGAAAAGGUGUGAGUGAUCGCACAGCAGGAAGUCUGAUAGACGUACGGACGAUGCAGUUUGCUGGCUUUUUGUUUUGUUUUUUUACUUUUUUAUGCUAUCUGGCCGUGCAUGUUAAGUGUACAGUUUAUCAUUUCUCGGACUGCUACUGCAGUUCUGAGUCUGCUGGCCAACACUGAGGCACUGGACCUGUGAGCCUGCCUACAAAGAGCAGCGUCAGUGGGUUGGACACAGGCAGCAGGUCAGAAAGACUGCGAUUGGUCAGCUCUGACUGGUUCACAAAAGCUAAAUACUGCUGAAUGCCGUCAGGUUGGGACGUCCGGCCUGCCGCUCAGUGCAGCCAUGUAAACUCGGACAUCAUGGAACCACAAGCCCCCUUCACCUCUUCAUGGACAUGGAGAGAAAAAAUAGAUUUAUAUACAUGUGUGUGUGUAUAUAUAUAUACAAAUAUAUAUAUAUAUAUAUAUAUAUAUAUAUAUUUCUGUGUGUAUGUACAUGCAUAAAUAACUGAUGGUGAUAACAACAACAAAAUAAUAGAGGGGUUUUUUAAUAGAAAAUGGAUUUCCUUUUACUCCCUUGUUUGUAAUAAUUUUUUUCUUUAGUGCUUUAUUAUUUUUAUUUUUUUUCUCUCUACCUCUUCUCCCCUCCAGCAGAGGACUCCAGCUCUGUUGGUGCAUUGAUAUUACAGCUGAAUGGAUUCUGUAUAGAAAAAUGGUGAAUAAAUAAAUUAAGAACUGUCUAGUGAAACAUGAAUCCUGAAGCGCUUGAUCUAAAACACUUUGUCUCCUUUUAACCCCCUCCCUCUGCCCUCUGCCCUUCUUCCCCUCCUCGUUCAGGAUUCUGCUGUAAAUAAACAUGACUCUAACUGUAA